AUGGACCCUUCGUACGCAUACUCCUUUGGCUGGGGCGAAUGUCCCGAUUAUGCCCCAAUGUCGGAUGAACAAUGGAAGGCACGGGAAAGAGCUGCGUUUGCUUGGGAGAUUGAUGGCAGUAGUCAAGGCUGCUGGGUGUCCCCCGAAUGCCUUCAACACUACCCAACAAUGCCCGUGCCGUCAGGAAGCGCAGACUCGGCAUGGAGUGGCUCAAGCAUCUCCUGCCCUCUCGACUCAGGCACCGGCACCAGCUGUUCACAUGCACAGGUCGCUGCUCAAUGCACCGACUACCACUUGCUCGUAACCGACUUCCCAGAUGUGUCCUCCUCGCUGCAACAAGCACCGCAGCAGCCGAUGGCAUUUCCUCCAUCGUCCUCACAACAACCAUCGACACAGACGCCAAUGCUCCAGCUGACCACGCCCUCCCGCACUGCUCAUCUACCCCCAUUGGAUACAUCCAGCACGAGCACCUUGUCUCCGUCAACAUUCUGUCCGGCUGAACAUUCGCCGGAGAGGACUACACCAACGGAAGAAGACGUCGAUGGGCAGACAAUCCGCGUCCAACAGCCGCGAUUCGAAGCAGAUCUGUACACGGCGCGGUGGGUUCGUGGCGAGGGCACCGGUCGUGCAGGCUGGUGCGGCUUCUGCAGCACUUGGCACAAGUUGAAGGACUCUGCCUUUUGGUAUCACAUGCACUACACACACGGCAUCAGCUACGUGACCGGUCGGCCGCUCGAAGGGCCACGGAAAGUGGCGCGAGGCACCAAGACCUCGCAGGUCCUGUGCGGGCGCUGCAAUAGGUGGAUCGAGGUCGGACAUCAGACCGAGCGCGCUCGGACAACCUACUUUCGCCAUGCCCAUAAAUGUCACACGACGCAGGAUGCGUUGCACAAGACCUCUCGCUAG